UUGCUCAAAGCAAAAACCUUCGAAUGUGCUACAUGAAGAAUCGAAGAGGUGGAAAGACCAGAAUGAUAAAAUUUCUUUAGUUAUUAACAGCUGCAUUGACAAGCACUACUUCAUGAAAGUCCUAAUUGGCGUACACACAAUCACAGGUUGACGCUCUCUGGUAAGCAGUUCAGCUUUUAAUUCUCCAAUACAAUGAAAGGUCAGGCGAGAGUUGGGAAGGAGUGAACAGCAUCCAAAGAGAUACUGGAGGAGGCACUCGGGUGACAGCUGAACGAGAAGGAGUGUCAGAGUAUGGAUCCACUUCACCAGAGGCUAUGCGGCUAUGCCAUCUCUAUGACGUCGCGUUAUAAGAGCAAAUUAUCAAGCAGUAAUCUGGAGGGGAGCCGUCACCACAGAGAAGACAUUUAAAAUACGACGCUAGUAGCGGAGUAUAUUUGACAAUUUUUGAGAUGUUUGGAAAGGUGCUCAAACAGAGUCUUGAGUGUUUUGUAAAACUUCUCGAUCGGAACUACAACUAAGGAGAAACAGAAAAAUAAACUCGUAAAAAUAUCUGCUAGUCAGAUAUCCACGGUCAUGUAACGGUCAUGAUUUACCGCGUUUAGGCUUGAUGAAUUGUUUGUGAGUUUGAGAAGCUAUAGAUCCAAAUGAAAGUGACAGCAGUGACAUGAUACGAUCGGGGCGUUUCUGCACUCAAACGAGCUCUAAAUUGAAGUGUGAACCUAGUUACAUGCGUAUACGUUGAGUUACGGUAUAUUGGUUCAUGGCGUAGUGUGCUUAAUUAACUUCACGUAGAAAAGGUGUUUUCCUAGUACUAUGAUGUGGAACACCUUAUUGGUAAUUUAGUAACUUCAGGUGGUUAAAAUAGAGGUUGAAUACACAAACUAGAAAACAAAAUGGCAGCCACUGUAACGUAAUUUAUGACGUCAUCAUAGCUUGAACAACCACAGACAAUACUGAAAUAAUAUCUAAGAUACUAAUUACUCCAAAUAUACGUCCAGGCAAAAUAUUGUGUGCCUCUAAGAAAAGAAACAUAGGAAAAUAACACUUGUUAAUGUUAUUUUUUAGAAUUUCAAGAUGGCAACCAAAAGGAGGGUAUUGGGGGUAAAUUAAAAAUUCGAUUUACAAAGUGAAAGCCACUGUUCUAUCCUUGCUAUCAUGCAUUUUAAUGAUACUUAAUAGUCAAAGAUUAAGAAUAUACAAGUUUCAUUUGUUACCCUUAAGUGAGCCAUACAACCACCUCAGCUGAUGGACUAAAUCCCAAUUUAUCGGACCACCAAAUGAAACGGAAAGUUUAAGGGUGUUUUGAAUGAAUUUUGCUGUUGCUAUAGUAACCCUUUGCGUCAUGAAAAAGACCAUACACGUAUUCUCCAAUGAUUAAGUACUUGUUGUUACCGUUAUUACGUCAUCAACUAAAAAAAAACUGGUAUCAUUGAUUCAUUAUAGAAGAAUUGCUCAAAAUUGCUUAAACUGACCAUUGUGAGCCACUUUAAUACUCUAGCCUCACACAGUUUAUUAGUUACGUAAGACUAGCCUCUAUACAGAGCUGUAGGAUUUUGUUUGCCAUCGGAAAAUUGGUGUUAUUUUAUUCCCUUGGCAUGGUGCAGGAAUUUGAUUGACGACAUUUAUUGUCUGCAGUCUGCAGAAGUUGUCAUUUAGUAUAUACGGAACUCAAGCUAGUUUAAUUAGUUACGGAAACUAAGUAUAUAGAAUUGUGUAGAAACCAACUCACAUUUAGCCAGACAAUGACCGUGAAUGGUUAAAUAAUUUGUUUAACAAACUGAUCGAAGAUAGAAUCGCGAUUUUUCGCCGGAAAUCUGUUUAUAUAUCAAGCUUUAUCUGGAGCCAAUUGAGAAUUUCCCCUGAAAUAUGCAAGGAUUUCUCGAUCUAAUUUUUGCCCAACCCAAGCUUUCUGCAUAUCAUAAUUGGGCAAAAAAAAUUAUAGCUCACAAAGCAAUUAAUCCAUACAAACAGAAAAUGCACCCAACUUGAAUAUGGUCGAGUGACUGAAGUGUGACGUACUGCUAUCCACGUCCUCUAGUCCCCACCCCAGCCCCACUGGAUGCGAUUUUAGUUCACCGUGAUUGCACGCUGGUCUCCAGCAGAUCCAAAAACAAGUUUUUUCUUCCCGUUUACAUUCAUACUAUUGGUUGGAAAACGCGACAGUGCUAGCUCAAAGUGGCCAUGCCUUACAGUUAAGACGCACCCGUAGUUCUUGAUACGCUGUGUGCAUUGGGCAACUGCACUUCCUUCCACUCGUCUGUAUUUACCAGUUAGCUUUAUUGUCAUUUUUGCAAUCAAAUGUGGCCUGACAGUAUACUGUACGGCAGCAGUGGGUUUUCUUUGGUAAUAGCACGGUAAUACAGAGUUUAAUUUAUAGUACUUCGAGCACGUUUACACUAAGCGUUGAAAGGUUUUACUGGCUAAGGCUACACUGAGAGCAGAAUCGACAUGGAUCAUUAGAUACCUCGACUUCUGGUACCUGCUGUAAAUGGUACUUAGAACCUGUUCGGUAAACGAUUGUUACACGGCUUUGGGUCAAAGCUAUUUAUCCGCUUACUAUCCUCAGAGAAUAGCUAUUAAACACAAUGAUCCAGCUCCUUACCCCCUUUCUCUCCUUAUGAGCUUUUCUCUACAAUAAACUAUUUCACAAGCCUGAUUAUUGCUCCCGCACCCAACUUUUCCACUAUGCCAUAUAUGUAGGAGUGAUAAUUGAUCACAAGUGAUCUGGGUAAUAAAUAAUGCGUUUGAUGUCAGACCAUUUUGACUCGCUUGCAAAUAUUUAGUUACGAGGGAAAUAAUCUGUCGGCCGCGGUUUUUCUAGAGAUGAAACCCUGCCUUUUCGGCUUCGCGUGCUUGGUUUUCUUGGGAUUCGUGUCGCCCAGUCAAGAAGCACACCUCCGCAAACCAGUGAAACAUCAUUCUGCACAUCACAAAAACCACCCCUUCCAUCAGAAUGCCUCCUCGAACCAACCAGGCGCGUUGAAGAACACCACUGGGCACAAAAAUCUCCCCCAAAAAAUCUCGCCACAAAAUCCUCAAGUAAGGGCUUCACUGGCAUCUGCGUCCGCCAAUAAAUCAUCGAAUCAAGAUCGACCUAAACCCGCAGCAGAUUCCCUGAAAGAGAAGAGCACUGUGCAAGCAACAGAGCGAGCGAUUUUAGUGCACAAUGCAAACAGUGGAGAGGGACAUGUUGUUCAAGAUUCAGCCAGUGGAAAAGCUCCAGUUAUCGUUAUAAACUCAGAUACCACAGGGGAUAACGGAGGUUCACUGGAUGCCUUUUCACAAGAUUGUCUCGACGCACAUAACAAUUACCGCGCCAAACACGGUGUCCCUCCGCUGAUGUGGUCACAUGACCUAGCCGAAGGAGCACAAAGCUGGGCGGACCAACUGGCGUCAACUGACUCAUUACAACACGAUCAAGCCGCUAUACAAAACCGAAAGAUAGGGGAGAAUUUAGCAUAUUUUCAACCUUCUGUUCCAAAAUGCCAAGGCGCUAUGGUUGACAACUGCGUCAAUUGUCGCGAGAUGGUCCAACGCUGGUACGAUGAGGUGAAAAACUAUGACUUUGAUAAGGGAGGUCCUAAAACGGCCGCCGCACCCUACAAGCACUUCAGUCAGUUGAUCUGGGCCAACACAGCUGAAGUAGGUGUUGGGACCGCGGUCAGUAAGCGGUAUGGCUUCAUAACAGUUGCGCGGUAUAGGCCCACUGGAAACGAUGGCGACUUUGAGGAGUUUAUAAGGAAUGUUCCCCCUGAAGGAGGGCCGCUACCAACGAUGUCGCCACCGCUUGAAGAUGAAUCAAAACCCCUAGGGGAUGUACCAACCCCUACCCCCGUGACAGAAACUCCAGUUGUUUCUGCCACAAAAGUAGACUCAACUUCAUCGCAAACGGCAAACUCCAAACAAGAUAAAUCAACUGAUGUCACGGUCCUGUCCCAGACGGAAAAGUCAUCUGUAACAAAUGGCGCUAUAAUUUCCGCCAAAACCGCCGCUAAGGUACCGGCCGCGCCGCUGCAAAAAGACAAAUCAACUGAUGUCACAGUCCUGUCACAGAUGGAAAAGUCAUCUUCUACGAAUGGGGCUGUAAUUCCCGCCAAAACCACCGCUACAGUGCCAGCCGCGCCGCUGCAAAAAGGUGCCAAACUUGAAACUCAAUCAACGUCAGGUCAACCAAACAGCAAAGGGACGCAUGGCAAGGGUGGCUUUGUGCACACGCUGACAGCGAACGAUGGAACGAAGGCUCAAGUGUACCUCAGCAAGAGUGGAGCUCACGCGGGAAUAGUAUUUAGAAACAAAAUAUCCAGAGUGAACGAAGACGAGGACUCGACUGGUGUAAAAAGAACGAUAAAUGUGCUGUAGGAACAAAUGAACAUAUUGACUCAUCAUCUUAGUACUGGAAUACGGUUAUAGUAAUGGACAAUCGCGGGACACAAUCAAAUGACGUAAUAUAUGUAAGUUGGCCUAGGGCCCUUUCUAGGCCAAAGGUAAAGUUUUUCUCGAUACGAGCCCGCCAAAGCCGGCAAUUAACAUUUAAAUUUCUUUCAUUUUUAAGCGCCAAAAUUAAUAGGGAAAGAUUUUGAAAUCGCGAAACGGCAUCCGCAGUGUAAAAAAGUCAUUCAAAUGCCGGUGCAUACUCAAGAACGAGGAAAAAAUUUGCUUCCGAAGCUGGGUUGUUAUUGUUGUUGUUGUCGUUGUUGUUGGUGGUGGUGUUGUUGUCGUUGUUGUUGUUUUUGUUGUUGUUGUUGUUUUCUCUACGUUCACACAGCCUACAUAGUUUAAAGUGAACCAAACACUAGCAAGGGGAUGUGGUUCGCAAUUCAGGGUCCAUGAAAAACUGCCCGGCGUAAUUAGCCAAUCAAAUUCCAGGAUUCAGGAUUCCCAGACCGCAGAGAUGCUUGAGAAAAUAAAGAAGGUAUAUUCAUUAUGCCCGCAAUGUAGCCCGUGUUAAGAGCCAUACCCUUUUAAUCAAUUAAGUCGUAUAUUAGAUUAUACAGUCUUUUCAUGAGUAGUUACUGAACAACCGAGGGAACCAUUAGACCUAAGGACUCAAAUUGUAUUACACAUUGCAACGAUUUCGUUUGUUGCCUACGGUUUGUUACAAUAUAAGAAUGAAAACCAAUACAGUACACGGAACUCUGUUGUUGUAAAAGUAUCUACUGACUCGUAACCAGUCGCUAUUUAAGGGUCGGACAGGAUCGUUUCAGAGAGAAAGACGUCGGGAUCGAGUGGGGCACGCAGGGAGUUAUGACCCUUCCUUUGAAACACCACGGGUCUUAAUCCGCUCUACAAUCCAAUCUUCUCUCCCCAAGAAUACGUAAAUAGCGACUGGGUCAGAGUUUGAAGUAGCUGUGUGAAUUAUUUUGCCGUGAAUAACAGACAGUUCUCACGGGAGUACAGAAAAUGACACUUAAAGAGAAACACUCUUUUCCCUGGAUAUUAUAUUGAACGAUGACAAUAAUGCAACUGAAAACAAGUUUAAUUCAUUUUAAGUUCAGUAUAUGGUUUUAAUUUAAACUGGUACAAUUCUUUUAAUCGCGAUUAAAAACUUCAAACUUAAUACUAGAGCCUCGCAACUAUUUAAUUCCUAAAGGAAAAUAAUUGUUAAUUAUAGGUAAGGGAAUUGACUAAAUGUAAAAAUAGUUUCAUAUGCGAAAUAAUAUUUAAGUUGUUAGACCGAGGUAGAAAGGAAUUUAUUUCUCCUAAAGAAACUAUGUCAAUGCUUUAACUUAGUUUUCUGGCAUCCAAUCACGGGUUGAAGAGGAUUAGGGCGCAUUCCGAGCGACGAAGUGGUUAAAUUUUUUAACGGGUUUCGUCUGUGACUUAGAUCGUUAAACACUUCAGCAAAUUUUGUAAAGAGCAAAACGACAGCUGAAUAUUCCCAACAGUGAUCAAAACCUUCUUUCUCCGUACCUUGUUAUUACAUUGCCAAGAAGGAAAGUGAUAAGAUAAAGAUAACGAUCAGCUUGGGAAUGGCGUCUGGACGUAUCAACGAUUUCUCCGAACUAACAUUUAAAGAUCUAUAAAUGUAAUCUAGGAACUAAUUUGGAACUUAAAGGACUAUGGUAUUACAUGAUGUACUGUGAUAAGAAGCUGUAGUUAGUUAGAUUAAUAAAGAUCUGGACUUAACUCUUUGCGCGCUGUUUAUUUCGCCUCUCACGUCUUGGUUAAUAUUGUCUAACGAGACAUGCACACCUUAAAACAUUCAGAUUACCGAGGCAGAGAUUUGAGCAGCUCAUCUUUAGGUCUUUUUGUUCUUUAGUAGAUGGUUAAUAAAACAUUUCACAGUUGUGCGCUUAGUUACCUGGCCUUUGAAUACGAACGAGGUUAGAGGUUAACUAGGUUUGAUUCAAAACGCCUCUGCUUUUCUCCUUAAAAUGCAAACUAGUUAGCGUUAACAGAACUUGAGUACACAACAAAAGCAGUG